AUGAAGUUUCUUGGUAUCGGCAUCUAUGCCGCAGCAUUAUUGGCAUAUACACAAGGGUUGCCUGGCAACAGGUGGCAUCACAAGGAUAGAUACGAGGAUGUAGAAGAAAUCCAUUACCAAGUAGUAACCGAGAAGCCACCACCUCCCAUCAACGAGACUACGACUGAAGAAGUACCAACAAGCGGGGUGUCUCUAGUAUCAGACGUCGUUGAAUGUCCUGCGGUUGGCGAUAGCUUGCUUGGUGAGGAGAUACUUCACUUUACGGGUAUAUUCUUUGGCGAUUUCUUUACGGGUGGUACAGGGCAAGACAUCCUUGGUCCUUUGGCUGUCGGUGGCAACUUCCAUGCACCCAACUACAUCGUCAAUGCCAACCACGAUAUCAAUUGCGCUGCCGAUGAAACCUCUUCCUUUGGUAGUGUUGGUCUUGUCAUUGGUGGCGACUCUACUACUUCGGGUACCCAUUUGCGUGGUGACAACUUGAUUGCUGGUAACGGUGAUGCAGGCCAAUACGACCAGCAGUUGGCAGGAUGCCGUGUGAUUACGAAUGAGGGCACAGGCCACUUUGACUUUCCUCAAUCGAUCCAAGAAGCCAAUGACCUUUCUCAGCAGCUUGCAGCUCUUUCUGCCAAUCGUGUCUUGAAUCGGGGUGGUGUGGUGACCGCAGUGCCAGGUGUCGACAAUGGUGGUGUCCACGUUUUCCAGUUUAAUACUUGUGGCAAUGGAUCUUGUGGUUCGAGCGAUCCUGAAGAGAUAUUCUUUGGCAAUGGUAAUUGGAAUGGUCCUUCUGGCGAUGUACCUGCUUAUACGGACACUGUUAUCUUCAAUGUCCCUGUUACUGCAGGCAGCACUAUUACCCUCAACUCAAAUGCUCCAGCCUAUGGAUUCAACAAUUGCAAAGCAAUCUUCAACUUUUAUCCUGUUGACGAGAAUGGCGACUACUAUCCUGAUGGCGAAUUCACUAUCAAUCGUGAAACAGGCUCGCAGUUUGAAGGAUUAGUGAUUGCACCUCGUGCCCAUAUUCGUGAUGGCAAUACAGGCAACUUUGCAGGCACAGUCAUCGGCCUUGAUUACAAUUGGCUUGAUCCUUCAGCGGGAGUGGAGAUCCAUGAUUGGGCUGCAGCUGGAUGCCCGAGCUUUAUUGGUUGUCUUCCAAAAGGCAACAAAGAAGUACCAGUGCCAACACCUACUGAUAGUGGGGUCGAACCCGGUGCUACCAAUAGCGAUAGUGUGACCGAACCCAGUGCCACCGAUAGCGAAACGCCUGCACCUACAGGAACAUUGUAUAUCGUUGCAGAGGAGAAAGAAUGGGGUCAUUAUAAAGGAAAAGGAAAAGGAAAAGGACACAAAGGAUCGAAGGAUCACAAGAAGCAUGGAGGGAAAAAAGGCCAUGAUCACCAAGACAAGUGGUAA